CAGCCACCCCAUAAAUACCCCGCGAACUAGAGCCGUAAGACUCAGGCUUAAACAAAGCCGUGCGUUCUGUACACACCAAAGCUGCCGGCAAUGGACGCAGCGGCGGCGUCCGCCGCGAAAGGGAAGGAUGGCGGGCACGGGAAGAGGGUGUCCUUCACGGGGAUGUUCCGCUACGCCGACCGCACGGACCUGCUGCUGAUGCUGGUCGGCACGCUGGCCGCGCUGGGCAACGGCGUCUCGCAGCCGCUCAUGACCGUCAUCUUCGGCGACCUCAUCGACGCCUUCGGCGGCGCCACCAGCGCCAACGUCCUCCACCGCGUCAACAAGGCGGUUCUGAGCUUUGUCUACUUGGGCAUCGGAACAGCAGUUGUCUCCUUUCUCCAGGUGGCAUGCUGGACAAUUACUGGAGAAAGGCAGGCGACACGCGUUCGAUCUCUGUACCUCAAAUCUGUAUUGAGACAGGAUAUAUCAUUCUUUGAUGUAGAAAUGACAACUGGGCAGAUAGUUUCAAGAAUGUCUGGUGAUACUGUGCUGGUUCAGGAUGCUAUUGGUGAGAAGGUUGGCAAGUUCCUACAACUUGUGGCUACUUUCAUUGGCGGUUUCGUGGUAGCUUUUGUCAAAGGAUGGCUUCUAUCUCUUGUCAUGUUGGCAUGCAUACCUCCAGUUGUAAUUGCAGGAGGAGCAGUGGCAAAAGUGUUAUCUACAAUCUCUAGCAAAGGUCAAGCAUCAUACAGUGAUGCAGCGAAUGUUGUUGAACAGACAAUUGGAGGCAUAAAAACAGUUGCCUCUUUCAAUGGGGAGAAGCAGGCCAUCGGAGAGUACAAUAAACUCAUAAACAAAGCAUACAAGACAACUGUCAAGGAAGGACUUGCCAAUGGUUUUGGCAUGGGUUCUGUUUUCUUCAUAUUCUUCUCUAGCUAUGGUUUAGCCAUAUGGUAUGGUGGAAAGUUGAUACUUACUAAAGGAUACACAGGAGGAGAAGUCAUCAGUAUCUUGUUUGCUAUCAUGACUGGGGCAAUGUCUUUAGGUAAUGCAACCCCUUGUAUGACAGCCUUUGCAGAAGGACAAUCUGCAGCACACAGAUUGUUCGCAACAAUCAAGAGGAAACCAGAGAUUGAUCCUGAUGACAAGACUGGUAAGCAGUUAGAAGAUAUCAAGGGUGAUGUUGAGCUGAGAGAUGUGUAUUUCAGCUACCCAGCAAGGCCUGAGCAACUGAUAUUUGAUGGAUUCUCCUUGCAUGUUUCUAGUGGCACUACAAUGGCCAUAGUUGGGGAGAGUGGAAGUGGCAAGUCAACUGUGAUUAGUCUUGUAGAGAGAUUCUAUGAUCCGCAGGCUGGUGAAGUUUUGAUUGACGGGAUCAAUAUCAAGAGUUUACAGCUUGAUUCCGUAAGAGGGAAAAUUGGUCUUGUUAGCCAAGAGCCCUUGCUCUUUAUGACCUCAAUUAAAGAUAACAUUACAUAUGGCAAAGAAGGUGCAACAAUUGAGGAGAUCAAGAGAGCCGCUGAGCUCGCCAAUGCAGCAAAUUUCAUUGAUAAGUUGCCCAAUGGUUAUGAUACAAUGGUUGGCCAACGCGGUGCUCAGCUUUCAGGGGGGCAAAAGCAAAGGAUCGCAAUUGCAAGAGCAAUUAUUAAAAACCCCAAAAUACUUUUGUUAGAUGAGGCUACUAGCGCAUUGGAUGUGGAGUCAGAGAGGAUAGUUCAGGAGGCACUGAAUAGGAUCAUGGUGGACAGAACGACACUUGUGGUUGCUCAUCGUCUAACUACUGUCAGGAAUGCUGAUUGCAUAUCAGUUGUUCAACAAGGAAAGAUAGUUGAACAAGGUCCCCACGAUGAAUUGGUAGUAAACCCAGAUGGUGCAUACUCUCAACUAAUUAGACUUCAAGAAAGCAAUGAAGAAGAGCAGAAAGUAGACCAUCGAAGAUUGGAUCCAAGGUCUAAAAGUACAAGCUUAUCAUUUAAGCGAUCGAUUAGCAGAGGUUCUGCAGGGAAUAGUAGUAGGCAUUCUUUCAACCACUCCUUCGGGCUUCCUGGCACGGUUGAAUUGCCUGAAGGAAAUGAUACACAUGGGGAGAAUCAUACAGAGCAGGAUGGUGAGGUUCCAAAGAAAGCUCCUAUGGGACGGCUGGCACUUCUUAAUAAACCAGAGUUACUUAUUAUUCUGUUAGGAGCCCUAGCUUCAGCAGUUCACGGAGUGCUUUUCCCAAUGUUUGGUGUGAUGAUUUCCAGUGCAAUUAAAACUUUCUAUGAGCCACCAGAUAAACUCAGAAAGGAUUCUAGCUUUUGGGGGUUGAUGUGUGUGGUGCUGGGUAUCAUUUCGAUAAUCUCAAUACCCGCAGAACUCUUCUUGUUUGGAAUAGCCGGAGGGAAGCUUAUAGAGCGUAUCCGUGCUAUGUCAUUUAGAAGCAUUGUGCAUCAAGAAGUCGCUUGGUUUGAUGAUCCUAAAAAUUCCAGGUUUGUUACAAAUUUUCGCUUGGUCGCUUCUUCCUUUAGAUUCUGUGAGCUUUACUUUUUGGUGCUAACUGCCAAAUUAUAUCUUUACAGCGGAGCACUUGGUGCAAGACUGUCAGUUGAUGCUUUGAAUGUACGGCGUUUAGUGGGAGAUAACUUGGCUUUAAUGGUUCAGAUUGUCUCUACACUUAUCACAGGGUUUGUCAUUGCUAUGAUAGCUGACUGGAAGCUCUCUUUGAUCAUCCUCUGCGUGAUUCCAUUAGUGGGCCUUCAAGGUUAUGCCCAAGUGAAGUUCUUGAAGGGUUUCAGUCAAGAUGCUAAGAUGAUGUAUGAAGACGCAAGUCAAGUGGCCACUGAUGCAAUUAGUAGUAUUAGGACCGUAGCUUCGUUUUGUUCUGAGAAAAGAAUUACAAGAAUAUAUGAUCAGAAAUGUGAGGCCUCAAGGAAUCAAGGAGUCAGAACAGGAAUAGUUGGAGGCAUUGGAUUUGGUUUCUCAUUCUUGAUGUUGUACCUUACGUACGGUCUUUGUUUCUAUGUUGGAGCACAAUUUGUGCGCCAUGGCCAAUCAAAUUUUGGUGACGUUUUCAAGGUUUUCUUUGCACUGGUUUUAGCAACCAUUGGAGUAUCUCAAACAAGUGCAAUGGCCACCGAUUCAACAAAAGCAAAAGAUUCAGCUAUUUCCAUAUUUGCUUUAUUGGACCGAAAGUCUGAAAUAGACUCAAGCCGCAAUGAGGGUUUGACAUUAGACGAGGUCAAGGGCAACAUCGAUUUCCAGCAUGUCAGCUUCAAGUACCCAACUCGCCCAGAUAUUCAGAUCUUCACUGACUUUACCCUGCACAUUCCCUCUGGAAAGACUGUUGCCCUUGUUGGAGAGAGUGGUAGCGGCAAGUCAACGGUAAUUGGACUGUUGGAGCGAUUCUACAAUCCCGAUUCAGGCACCAUCUCAUUGGAUGGAGUGGAAAUCAAGAGCUUAAACAUUAACUGGUUGAGGGACCAAACAGGACUUGUGAGCCAAGAGCCUGUACUCUUCAAUGAUACAAUCCGUGCCAACAUAGCCUAUGGUAAGGAUGGGGAACUUACUGAGGAGGAGCUCAUUGCAGCUGCAAAGGCAUCCAAUGCACAUGAGUUCAUAUCAAGCCUUCCCCAAGGAUAUGACACCACGGUUGGGGAGAGGGGGAUACAGCUGUCCGGUGGCCAGAAGCAGCGGGUGGCAAUUGCAAGGGCCAUACUGAAGGACCCUAAGAUACUACUACUUGAUGAGGCGACUAGCGCCUUGGAUGCUGAGUCCGAGCGGAUUGUGCAGGAUGCGUUAGACCAUGUGAUGGUCGGCAGGACCACGGUUGUUGUGGCUCACCGCCUCUCGACGAUCAAAGGUGCUGAUAUCAUUGCGGUUCUUAAGGAAGGCACAAUAGUUGAGAAAGGAAGACACGAGGUGCUGAUGAACAUUAAAGAUGGGGUGUACGCUUCACUAGUAGAACUUCGUUCAGCGUCAUCAUAAUACCUAGGAUCAGUUUUGGCUCAUAUCUCUACGCACAUUGUACAUCUUCCCUGACCACCUUUUCUUGUUAUUGCUGUUGUUGCUAUAACUGCGCUACAUUAUUCUUUGGGACUUGAAGAGGAAUCCAAAACUAGAAUGAAAUUUCUUGUGUC